AUGGCUGUGACCCCGGCCUCCGGCACCCACCUUCGCAUGCAGGCAUUGUCACCCAUGUGCCUGUGGCUGGAGCCUGCUCAAGCAGCCUGGUGGGUGCCCGCGAUGACCUCUGGGCCUGGCCUGGGCUCCAGCCCAGCUGGGGAGGGGUGGAGGCUGGCACGGGCUGGGGCAGACAGGUUUGGGGCCACAGAGCACCAUUGGCCCAGGCCCAGCUCACCGGCCUGCACGGGACUAGACGGCGCUGCGGCGGUAGGCAAAGGGGCUGAUCCUGAGGGAGUGUGGGAGCUGUUGGCACAGGGGCCAAAUGGGGCUCAGGUGGCCUCCAACAUCCUGCUCAGGCAGCCCUGCCACAUCGAGGUGGGGAAAGAUGAGCUGUUAGAAGCGAAGUGGGUCUUGGCCUUUGAGAUCUUCAUCCCCCUGGUCCUCUUCUUCAUCCUGCUGGGGCUGCGGCAGAAGAAGCCCACAAUCUCCGUGAAGGAAGUCUCCUUCUACACGGCCGCACCCCUCACCUCCGCCGGUAUCCUGCCAGUCAUGCAGUCACUGUGCCCCGACGGCCAGCGGGACGAGUUUGGCUUCCUGCAGUACGCAAACUCCACGGUCACGCAGCUUCUGGAGCGCCUGAACCGCGUGGUGGAGGAGGGUAACCUGUUCAACCCUGCGCGGCCCAGCCUGGGCUCAGAGCUUGAGGCCCUGCGGCAGCAUCUGGAGGCCCUGAGUGCCGGCCCAGGUGCCUGGGAGGACCGCACGGACAGCCCCACAGUCUCCACCUUCUCUCUGGACUCGGUGGCCAGGGACCCGCGGGAGCUCUGGCGCUUUCUGACGCAGAAUUUGUCACUGCCUCACAGCACAGCACAGGCCCUCCUGGCUGCCCGGGUGGACCCGCCCGAGGUCUACCACCUGCUCUUUGGCCCUGUGCCUGCCCUGCGUGCUGGUUCCAGCCUCCCCAGGGGUCAGGGGCCCUGGAGCCGCCUGGGUGGCAAUCCCCUGCUCCAGAUGGAGGAGCUGCUGCUGGCCCCUGCCCUCCUGGAGCAGCUCACAUGCACGCCAGGCUCUGGGGAGCUGGGCCGCAUCCUCACAGUGCCCGAGGGUCAGCAGAGUGCACUGCAGGGCUACCGGGCUGCUGUCUGCAGCGGGGAGGCCGCCGUCCGCACCCGCCGCUUCUCUGAGCUGGCAGCUGAGCUCCGGAACCAGCUGGACAUGGCCAAGAUCUCCCGGCAGCUGGGCAUGGAUGUGGCCAGCGGUUCCGACCCUCAGCAGCAGCCACCACCCCCGCGGCGGCUUCAGGCGCUGUUGGAGGACCUGCUGGACGCCCAGAAGGUUCUGCGGGAUGUGGACGUCCUCUCGGCCCUGGCCCUGCUGCUGCCCCAGGGCGCAUGCACCGACCGGGCCCCCGGGCCCCCCGCCAGCGGCCCAGGCGGCGGCGCGGCCAACGGCACCGGCACCGGGGCGGGCACGGGGGCCAACGCCACGGUGGAGGAGGGGGGCCCACCGGCUGCGGUCCAGGCCUCCGCCGACGCGCUGCAGGGCCAGUGCGCAGCCUUCGUGCAGCUCUGGGCAGGCCUACAGCCCAUCCUCUGCGGCAACAACCGCACCAUCGAGCCCGAGGCUCUGCGGCGGGGCAACAUGAGCUCCCUGGGCUUCACGAGCAAGGAGCAGCGGAACCUAGGCCUCCUGGUCCACCUCAUGACCAGCAACCCCAAGAUCCUGUACGCCCCCGCGGGCUCCGAGGCAGACCGCGUGAUCCUGAAGGCCAAUGAGACCUUUGCCUUCGUGGGCAACGUGACUCACUACGCCCAGGUCUGGCUCAACAUCUCGUCCGAGAUCCGCAGCUUCCUAGAGCAGGGCCGGCUGCAGCAGCACCUUCACUGGCUGCAGCAGUACGUGGCGGAACUGCGGCUGCACCCUGAAGCACAGAACCUCUCGCUGGAGGAGCUGCCCCCUGCCCUGCGCCAGGACAACUUCUCCUUGCCCAACGGCUCGGCCCUCCUGCAGCAGCUGGACACCAUCGACAAUGCGGCCUGUGGCUGGAUCCAGUUCAUGUCCAAGGUGAGCGUGGACAUCUUCAAGGGCUUUCCUGAUGAGGAGAGCAUCGUCAACUACACGCUCAACCAGGCCUACCAGGACAACGUCACUGUGUUCGCCAGCGUGAUCUUCCAGACGCGGAAGGACGGAUCCCUCCCGCCCCACGUGCACUACAAGAUCCGUCAGAACUCCAGCUUCACAGAGAAAACCAACGAGAUCCGCCGGGCCUACUGGCGGCCAGGGCCCAACACCGGCGGCCGCUUCUACUUCCUGUACGGCUUCGUGUGGAUCCAGGACAUGAUGGAGCGCGCCAUCAUCAACACCUUCGUGGGACACGACGUGGUGGAGCCGGGCAACUACGUGCAAAUGUUCCCUUACCCCUGCUACACACGCGACGACUUCCUGUUCGUCAUCGAGCACAUGAUGCCGCUCUGCAUGGUGAUCUCCUGGGUCUACUCCGUGGCCAUGACCAUCCAGCACAUCGUGGCUGAGAAGGAGCACCGGCUCAAGGAGGUGAUGAAGACCAUGGGCCUGAACAACGCGGUGCACUGGGUGGCCUGGUUUAUCACGGGCUUCGUGCAGCUGUCCAUCUCGGUGACGGCCCUCACCGCCAUCCUCAAGUACGGUCAGGUGCUCAUGCACAGCCACGUGCUCAUCAUUUGGCUCUUUCUGGCUGUCUACGCUGUGGCGACCAUCAUGUUCUGCUUCCUGGUGUCGGUGCUGUACUCCAAGGCCAAGCUGGCUUCGGCCUGUGGCGGCAUCAUCUACUUCCUCAGCUACGUGCCCUACAUGUACGUGGCCAUCCGCGAAGAGGUGGCCCACGAUAAGAUCACUGCCUUCGAGAAGUGCAUUGCGUCCCUGAUGUCCACAACGGCCUUCGGCCUGGGCUCCAAAUACUUUGCUCUGUACGAGGUGGCGGGCGUGGGCAUCCAGUGGCACACAUUCAGCCAGUCGCCUGUGGAAGGGGACGACUUCAAUCUGCUGCUGGCCGUCACCAUGCUGGUGGUGGAUGCGGCCGUCUAUGGCGUGCUCACGUGGUACAUUGAGGCUGUGCACCCAGGCAUGUACGGGCUGCCCCGGCCCUGGUACUUCCCGCUGCAGAAGUCCUACUGGUUGGGCAGUGGGCGGACAGAGGCGUGGGAGUGGAGCUGGCCAUGGGCACACGCCCCCCGCCUCAGCGUCAUGGAGGAGGACCAGGCCUGCGCCAUGGAGAGCCGGCGGUUUGAGGAGACGCGGGGCAUGGAGGAAGAACCCACCCACCUGCCACUAGUGGUCUGCGUGGACAAGCUCACCAAGGUCUACAAGAAUGACAAGAAGCUGGCCUUGAACAAGCUGAGCCUGAACCUGUACGAGAACCAGGUCGUCUCCUUCCUGGGCCACAAUGGGGCCGGCAAGACCACAACCAUGUCGAUCCUGACCGGCCUGUUCCCGCCGACCUCGGGCUCGGCCACCAUCUACGGGCACGACAUCCGCACGGAGAUGGACGAGAUCCGCAAGAACUUGGGCAUGUGCCCGCAGCACAACGUGCUCUUCGACCGCCUCACGGUGGAGGAGCAUCUGUGGUUCUACUCGCGGCUUAAGAGCAUGGCGCAGGAGGAGAUCCGCAAGGAGAUGGACAAGAUGAUCGAGGACCUGGAGCUCUCCAACAAGCGCCACUCGCUGGUGCAGACGCUGUCCGGGGGCACGAAGCGCAAGCUCUCCGUGGCCAUCGCGUUCGUGGGUGGGUCCCGAGCCAUCAUCCUGGACGAGCCCACAGCUGGCGUCGACCCCUAUGCGCGCCGGGCCAUCUGGGACCUCAUCCUGAAGUACAAGCCCGGCCGCACCAUCCUCCUGUCCACCCACCACAUGGACGAGGCGGACCUGCUGGGGGACCGCAUUGCUAUCAUCUCCCACGGGAAGCUCAAGUGCUGUGGCUCCCCGCUCUUCCUCAAGGGUGCCUAUGGCGACGGCUACCGCCUCACGCUGGUCAAGCGGCCUGCCGAGCCUGGAGGUCCCCAAGAGCCAGGGCUGGCAUCCAGCCCCCUGGGCCGGGCCCCGCUGAGCAGCUGCUCUGAGCCACAGGUCUCCCAGUUCAUCCGCAAGCAUGUGGCCUCCUGCCUGCUGGUGUCAGACACAAGCACCGAGCUCUCCUACAUCCUGCCCAGCGAGGCUGCCAAGAAGGGGGCCUUUGAGCGCCUCUUCCAGCACCUGGAGCACAGUCUGGAUGAGCUGCGCCUGAGCAGCUUCGGGCUGAUGGACACGACACUGGAGGAGGUGUUCCUCAAAGUGUCCGAGGAGGACCAGUCUCUGGAGAAUAGUGAAGCUGAUGUGAAGGAGUCCAGGAAGGAUGUGAUACCAGGGACAGAGGCCCCAGUGGCUGGGGAGGCUCCCGCUGGCAACCUGGCCCGGUGCUCAGAGCUGGCAGAGUCACAGGCCUCCCUGCAGUCGGCAUCGUCAGUGGGCUCUGCCCGUGGGGACCAGGGCACUGGCUAUGCUGAGGUCUAUGGGGACUACCACCCCCUCUUUGACAACCUGCAGGACCCCGACAACGUCAGCCUGCAAGAGGCUGAGGCCGAGGCCCUCACGCGGGUCGGCCAGGGCAGCUGCAAGCUGGAUGGCUGGUGGCUCCGGGUGCGCCAGUUCCACGGGCUCCUGGUGAAGCGGUUCCACUGCGCCCGCCGCAACUCCAAGGCACUCUUCUCCCAGAUCCUGCUGCCUGCCUUCUUCGUCUGCGUGGCCAUGACGGUGGCCCUUUCCGUCCCUGAGAUUGGUGAUCUGCCCCCGCUGGUCCUCUCGCCCUCUCAAUACCACAACUACACCCAGCCCCGUGGAAACUUCAUUCCCUACGCCAACGAGGAGCGCUGGGAGUACCGACUGCGGCUGUCGCCGGAUGCCAGCCCCCAGCAGCUCGUGAGCACCCUCCGGCUGCCCUCGGGCGUGGGCGCCACCUGCGUGCUCAAGUCGCCUGCUAACGGCUCUCUGGGGCCCACGAUGAACCUGAGCAGCGGAGAGUCCCGCGUGCUGGCCGCCCGCUUCUUCGACAGCAUGUGCCUGGAGUCCUUCACACAGGGGCUGCCACUGUCCAACUUCGUGCCGCCCCCGCCCUCGCCCGCCCCGUCGGAUUCGCCCGUGUCCCUCGAUGACGACCUGCUGCAGGCCUGGAACGACUCCCUGUCUCCCACUGCAGUGCCAGAGAUGUGGACCUCUGCCCCUUCGCUGCCGCGCCUGGUGCGGGAGCCUGUCAGGUGCAGCUGCUCCACGCAGGGCACCGGCUUUUCCUGCCCCAGCGGCGUGGGCGGGCACCCGCCCCAGAUGCGAGUUGUCACGGGCGACAUCCUGACCGACAUCACCGGCCACAAUGUCUCCGAGUACCUGCUCUUCACCUCCGACCGCUUCCGGCUGCACCGGUAUGGAGCCAUCACCUUUGGCAACGUUCAGAAAUCCAUCCCGGCCUCGUUUGGCGCCCGGGCCCCGCCCAUGGUGCGGAAGAUCGCGGUGCGCAGAGCGGCCCAGGUUUUCUACAACAACAAGGGUUACCAUAGCAUGCCCACCUACCUCAACAGCCUCAACAACGCCAUCCUGCGUGCCAACCUGCCCAAGAGCAAGGGCAAUCCAGCGGCCUAUGGCAUCACGGUCACUAACCACCCCAUGAACAAGACCAGCGCUAGCCUCUCCCUGGAUUACCUGCUGCAGGGCACAGAUGUGGUCAUUGCUAUCUUCAUCAUUGUCGCUAUGUCUUUCGUGCCGGCCAGCUUUGUGGUCUUCCUGGUGGCUGAGAAGUCCACCAAGGCCAAGCACCUGCAAUUUGUCAGUGGCUGCAACCCUGUCAUCUACUGGCUGGCCAACUACGUGUGGGACAUGCAGUUACAGGCGACAGUGAGGGAGGUGAUGGCCAGGACUGGUGGCGAGCCUAGGGAGAUGGCAGGGGCAGUGGCAGAAGUGACGGCAGGGGUGGGGGACCCCGGCGGUGGCGGGCCGCGCACUGCCCACCCUGUCCCCCCCAGGCGCAUGCCUGUAUCCACCAAGCCCGUGGAGGACGACGUAGACGUGGCCAGUGAGCGGCAGCGAGUGCUGCGGGGGGACGCCGACAAUGACAUGGUCAAGAUCGAGAACCUGACCAAGGUGUACAAGUCCCGGAAGAUCGGCCGCAUCCUGGCUGUGGACCGCCUGUGCCUGGGUGUGCGUCCUGGUGAGUGCUUCGGCCUCCUCGGCGUCAACGGCGCGGGCAAGACCAGCACCUUCAAGAUGCUGACUGGCGACGAGAGCACGACGGGGGGCGAGGCCUUCGUCAACGGGCACAGCGUGCUCAAGGAGCUACUGCAGGUGCAGCAGAGCCUGGGCUACUGCCCGCAGUUCGACGCCCUGUUCGAUGAGCUCACGGCCCGGGAGCACCUGCAGCUGUACACGCGACUGCGUGGCAUUUCCUGGAAGGACGAGGCGCGGGUGGUGAAAUGGGCGCUAGAGAAGCUGGAGCUGACCAAGUACGCCAGCAAGCCUGCCGGCACCUACAGCGGCGGCACCAAGCGCAAGCUGUCCGCCGCCAUCGCUCUCAUCGGGCACCCGGCCUUCAUCUUCCUGGAUGAACCCACCACGGGCAUGGACCCCAAGGCCCGGCGUUUCCUCUGGAACCUCAUCCUGGACCUCAUCAAGACUGGGCGCUCGGUGGUGCUGACGUCACACAGCAUGGAGGAGUGUGAGGCCCUGUGCACGCGGCUUGCCAUCAUGGUCAACGGGCGCCUCCGCUGUCUGGGCAGCAUCCAGCACCUGAAGAACAGGUUUGGAGAUGGCUACAUGAUCACGGUGCGGACCAAGGUCAGCCAGAGCGUGAAGGAUGUGGUGCGGUUCUUCAACCGCAACUUCCCGGAGGCCGUGCUCAAGGAGCGGCAUCACACAAAGGUGCAGUACCAGCUGAAGUCAGAGUAUAUCUCGCUGGCCCAGGUGUUCAGCAAAAUGGAGCAGGUGGUGGACGUGCUGGGCAUCGAGGAUUACUCCGUCAGCCAGACCACCCUAGACAACGUGUUUGUGAACUUCGCCAAAAAGCAGAGCGACAACCUGGAGCAGCAGGAGUUGGGGCCGCCCUCCGGCUUGCAGUCCCCGCUGGGCCGCCUGCUCAGCUUCUUCCGGUCGAGACCCACCCCCACUGAGCUCCGGGCACUCGUGGCUGACGAGCCUGAGGAGCUGGACACGGAGGAUGAGGGCCUCAUCAGCUUCGAGGAAGAGCGGGCCCAGCUGUCCUUCAACACGGACACGCUUUGCUGACCGCCAGGAGCUGGACCCAGGAUGUGGCUGUGGGACAGAGUCAGGCGGUGGCUGAGGCCUCCCCGUGCCCCCGGUUCCCACCCGCCAGGCCUUGGAGUGGGGAUCCAGG